AUGGUCACUCUUACCGAGGUUGAGGAUGAGCACUUCCAGGUCUCUCAGGCUGGUCCCGAUGCCGAUGAUGACGAUUUCACUGAUACCGACUCCGAGAUCUCCAACGAGUCCGAUUAUGAUCCUACAGAGGAAACCCUAGCAGAGCGCCUGUACGCUCUCCGCGAUAUCAUCCCUCCCACAGCACGCGGCUGGGUCGCUGGCAAGGUCAAUGCCGUCACCAGUGCCACCUGGACCGCCCUGUCAUUCGGUGGCAAGUCUGCCUGGGUUAUCACGACCUCCGCCCUCUUCUUCGGUGUUCCCUUCGCCCUGUCCUUCGCCGAGGACCAACAGCUCUCAGCCAUGGAGCAAGAAUACAACAUGCGACAGCAGGGUGGCGAGCUGCUCACAGCCGGUGGUGAGCAGAGCACCGCCGACAUGAUCGGCGCUGCGAUCGGGGAUGGCAGCCAGCAGGCCAAGCCUUCCCUGUAA